AUGCUAAUUUGGGACGUGAAACAAGCAAUCGGUAAUCAUAACGAAUACUAUUACGACUGUGGAAAAUGUCCAGUUAACAACGAAUUCUUCAAAAACACAUCCAAUGUAUCCCUCUCCAAAAAAUUGGUUGGAAAAAAUUUAAAUGAAAUUCAAUGUGCAGAAUGCAAUAACAGCCCCUUGUGUAAUACCGAAAAGUUUAUCGAGAAGCAAUUGUUUUGUUUGGAAAAGUCGGAGAAUGGAACAAAGUUAAUUAAAGGGACAAGAGUUUGCAAGGAUAAAUGUUUUGUUUGGAGAGAUUUGACUUCUUGGAAAGGUACUAUUCAAAUUCCUGGUAAUUUGAUAAAUAGGGGUAUGCCCUUCUGA